AUGCCGGGCAGCCCAAUCAUCGCCGCAGAUGGCUUGUACAAGCGAGAUGUAUUCCGGUUCCCGGAUCCCUUUGCCGUCAUCACUGUCAACGGAGACCAGACCAAGACCACGACGGCUCAAAAGCGGACACUGAACCCGUACUGGAACGAAAGCUUCGACCUCCACGUGAACGAGGAUACCAUUCUAGCAGUCCAAGUGUUUGACCAGAAGAAGUUCAAGAAGAAGGAUCAAGGUUUCCUUGGUGUUAUCAACGUCAGAAUCGGCGAUGUGAUUGAGCUGGCACCAGACGCUGAUGGUAACAAAAUCCCGCUGCAACUGGCUACGCAUCCCCUGGAUCAGAUGCUCACGCGAGACCUCAAGAAGUCGACCGACAACCUAGUAGUACACGGAAAGCUGAUAAUAAACCUAUCCACGAACCUCACCACACCCGCUCGGGCCGGACAGGCUUCGUCUAGCCGACCUUCACUCGUCCCACCGGCGCAAGGAUCUAGUAUUUCGACACUCUCAGCCCCGACGUCUGACGGUAGGCCGGGCUCCGCGAUGGGUGUACCGAACGGCGGCCCGGCACCCGGCUCUCAGGUCAACCUGCCGCACAGGCCGGCUAGUAUGACAUCAAGCGGGCCUCCACCGGCUGCUAACGGCGCCGCGGCUCCUGCACGCCAGUCCAGCACCCUCAGUCCCUUUGAAGAUGCGCAAGGCCGGUUGCCAGCUGGCUGGGAACGCCGAGAGGAUAACCUCGGCCGUACAUACUACGUUGAUCACAACACCAGAACCACCAGCUGGAACAGGCCGACUGUUGCCGGAGCCGUGGAACAGAGGAAUGACCGCGAAGCAGCUACCCAGGUGGAGCGACAAAGACACCAGAACCGAACCCUUCCCGAGGAUCGAACGGGCGCGAACUCGCCGACUCUGCAAGCCCAGCAAGCAGCCGCCGCUCAGAAUGCGAACAACUCUACAAUGAUGCACACCGGAGCGACGAGCCCUGGCACCGGCGAGUUGCCGCCUGGAUGGGAACAGAGAUGGACUCCUGAAGGCCGCCCGUAUUUCGUGGACCACAACACCCGAACGACUACCUGGGUCGACCCUCGUCGUCAACAAUACAUCCGUAUGUACGGUGGGCAGAACAACCAGAACGGCACGAUUCAGCAACAGCCUGUAUCGCAGCUGGGACCACUGCCAAGUGGCUGGGAAAUGCGCCUUACAAACACCGCCAGAGUGUACUUCGUGGACCACAACACGAAGACUACGACGUGGGACGACCCUCGCCUGCCGUCCUCACUCGACCAGAACGUGCCGCAAUACAAGCGAGACUUCAGAAGGAAGCUCAUUUACUUCCGCUCGCAACCCGCGAUGCGUAUCCUCUCUGGUCAAUGCCACAUCAAAGUCCGGCGUUCCCACAUUUUCGAGGACUCCUUUGCAGAAAUCACUCGGCAAUCUGCCACUGACUUGAAGAAGCGACUAAUGAUCAAGUUCGAUGGUGAAGACGGUCUCGACUACGGUGGUCUUUCCAGAGAAUUCUUCUUCUUGCUCUCCCACGAAAUGUUCAACCCUUUCUACUGCCUCUUCGAAUACUCCGCCCACGACAACUACACCCUUCAGAUCAACCCCCACUCUGGAAUCAACCCUGAGCAUCUGAACUACUUCAAGUUCAUCGGUCGUGUUGUCGGUCUGGCGAUUUUCCACCGUCGUUUCCUCGACGCCUUCUUCAUCGGUGCUUUGUACAAGAUGAUCCUCGGCAAGUCGGUCGUUCUGGCUGACAUGGAGGGCGUCGAUGCCGACUUCCACCGAUCUCUGCAGUGGAUGCUGGACAACGACAUUUCCGGGGGAAUUCUGGAGCAGACGUUCUCCACCGAAGACGAACGCUUCGGCGUCAUGACCGUUGAGGAUCUUAUUCCAGGCGGUCGUGACAUCGAGGUGACGAACGAGAACAAGAAGGAGUAUGUCGACCUCAUGGUCAAGUGGAGAAUUGAAAAGCGUAUUGCAGAGCAGUUCCAGGCAUUCAAGGAUGGAUUCCAUGAGCUUAUUCCUCAGGAUCUGGUCAACGUCUUCGACGAGCGUGAGCUUGAACUGCUCAUUGGCGGUAUUGCCGAGAUCGAUGUCGACGAUUGGAAGAAGCACACCGACUACCGUGGUUACACUGAGUCGGAUGAGGUUAUUCAGUUCUUCUGGCAGACUAUCCGUUCGUGGGACGGAGAGCAGAAGUCGCGUCUACUUCAGUUUGCUACGGGUACUUCUCGUAUCCCCGUCAACGGUUUCAAGGAUCUCCAGGGCAGUGACGGACCGAGAAGGUUCACGAUCGAGAAGGCGGGCGAGAUUAACAACCUUCCCAAGGCUCACACAUGUUUCAAUCGCCUGGACCUGCCGCCAUACAAGAGUCUCGAAAUGUUGCAGCAGAAGCUCACAAUUGCCGUUGAGGAGACUAUGGGCUUCGGUCAAGAAUAG